AUGCCCUUACGAUACGAAGAACGUUUGGAUCUGCGCUUGCCUUCCAUGUUCGAUGAAAUCAAGCAGAAAAACUCGGUCACAGACUUUCGAAAUCGAGAGGCAAGCAGUGACGGGACAGGGCGAGCACCAGAUCACGAGGAGCUAGAGAGCGGAGGAUUUGCAUCUUCUCGGACAGGUUCUUCGCAAGGUGGUGGCACAGGUGGAGCCACGACAAGCAGCGUGGUGUCGGUCCACGGAGCUCUAAGCUCAGACGCCGCCUCAAUUAUGAUCAUCGACAGUAGGUUGUAAUACAGACACUGCUUGUUGCUUGUCCUCCAUGACAGCGCAUCACCGUGUCCAUAGAGCUUUGAUUCGGGAUUCGCAGUUUUUUCUUGUUGGAAAACCUUGUGCAAGGAUCACCAUUGUCAAUUCACAAAAGAAAUCCGCAGCAACUUACGUGCAAAGAAACAAAAUCUUCUAACGGUGACAAGUCGAGUGGCGCCCUGGAUAUAGACUCCCGCUUCAAUGACGUGACUUCUCCCGAGGAGGACGCGGGGUUAGUCUACGUACGAAGCAGUCACGCCAUCGCUCGUAAUGAAAAUGCAUUCGCAGAUCUGCUCAAUGACGAUUGCGCACGCGCUAAAGACGUUGAAGCUCAGAAUCAAGAAUUGACAAAGCAAGCCGACCUUAGUAAGAAGAUUGAAGACGCAAUGCGAAUUUUCGUGCUCACAUCGCAAAUGCAAGACCGCGCGAUCGAGCUAGAAAGGAGUAAAACAGGCUUCUGA